CUUGUGAUCAGCUUGCUAGGUCCGGAGGUCCGUCGUCUUUACUGCGGACGCGCGGAAACAAAUUUCGGCAGGCAUGCCUGUAUCGGUGGCAGUCCAACGGCCAGGCCGCCAGUCGGGAUCGGCCGACCGCACCUCCGUCCGGAAUCCUCCGACGCUCCCGGGCCGGAAAAAGCACUCGUCCGCCGCGUCUCCCACAAUGUCGGUCACCAAUCCGGUCGUGGCGUCGCUCCCGAAAAAAUCCCCGCAUCCGUAUUCGUCCCUGGCGUUGUCGCCCGAUCGAACGCACGCCGUGACGGCGAGCAAGGAUACCAUCCAAAUUCUGAGGGUCGGUGCGGAUGGCCUGUCCCUUCUACAGGCGAUCCCGAUCGCUCAGCACUUUCAAACCGCCACUACCGGAGAUCAUCGUGCCAUGGGAAGAAUACACGAAGAUGUUCGGGAUAGUUUCGCUUCCUUUGGUUUGGGCUCCAAAACCGCCGCGGCUCCCCAACCGAAUCUCGCGAUGAACGUCGUCAUUACCAGUGUUGCGUGGAGCCAUCAGCCUACCAAGGGGGUGCCACCCACCACGGCGUCGGUGUAUACGCAUACGGAAGGCGCUAGUAAAAGUGGGGCGUCGGAUAAGGGAGAGCAGACUCCUCUCGGCGCCAACACUUUCUUGGCGGUGGCGGGGUCCAACGGAGUCAUUGUGGUAUGGAAUGCGGACGCCUUGUUGCAGGGAUCGGGGCACGCGACACCGCACGAAGUUGUACUCAAUCCACACAAUCGUGCCGUCAAUCGUUUGGCUUGGCAUCCGACACGACUUUUGCUGCUGUCGGCCUCCCAAGAUGGGACGGUAAAGCUCUGGGAACGUCGCAAACAAUCGAAGCCGCCCCCGGCCCAAGGAAGGAGAGAAUCCAAACAAUUUAGUCUAUUUCGGAGUAUGAAUACGACCUCAGCGUCGGUGCAGACGUAUUCCUGGUAUUGUCGUUUAAACUUUGAGCCGAAGAGUGAAGCCGUUCGGGAUAUUGCGUGGAGCCCUUUUUACGAUGAUGUUUUUGCUCUAGUCACAACGAGCGGCUCACUCGUCGCUUACAAUAUGCACCUACCCAAGCCAGCCAUGCUCAAGAUGACGGCUCACGCCGGUGACGCUACUUCUAUCGAUUGGCAUCCGACGAAACCGAAUAUUCUCGCAACGGGAGGGGCUAGUGACCGAUGCGUCAAGAUUUGGGAUCUAGUAUCCUACUUAUCCCUCAACAAAGAUGAAAAUAACCUUGCCGCCAACUACGAAACCGUAACAAGUCGUGCCGAUUCAGUCAACACAGAGGCUUCUUCCGACACCGAACGGGGCAGUCACACUGUUUCGUUCGGGCUCACGUCGUUGUUCCCCACCGUCCCGCGGUUGACUGGAACCCUUGGAUCCUCCGCCAAUUUGGACCGAUCGAGACACAAAAGCCAAACGGACAAGGCCAUGCUUCACGUCUUGUACAUUUCCGCUUCCGUCACUCGUCUGCGAUGGAGGCUGCCAGCAAACGACAAAUUUUUGUUGGAAGAUGAAGAUCGGCACUCGUCUAUGUUAGCGGUAGCAACCGCUCCCAUCAAAGGUGCAAGCGCGGGCUUUCCUGGACUUUUGGGCUUGUGGUCAUUUCAUAGACCCUUUAUGCCACUUAGCGUAGUCGAAGGGCAUCGGGAAGGAGCUGUAAUGGACUUUGAUUGGUUGGAUACUCCGCAACCAAAACAAAAUGACACCGGGCGUUCGCUAUCCACAGCGAGAAUGUUGUCAUCGAUAGACUUGAGAGGGGAUAAACGAGGAGGAAGCUCUCGACUUCAGGGAAGCACAAACGAAGCAGAUUCGACACGUGAUACGGGUGAAGCUGACGAAUAUGAUAAGCCCAUCGGGAUUUGGCAGCACGUAAUUAGCGUUGGAAGGGACGGACGGUGUUUGUUGCAAAGUUUUGUACGCGGAGACCGACCCAUUUCGCGCGUACCACCGUCCUGCUUUGCUAUGGCGAACCUGUCUCCUUUUCAGAGGGGAUAUGGUUCGCUUCAAGUUUUUUCAGUCUGUCAACAAAUUCCCUCUGGUCCACGGGAGAAUUUCCUAGUAACAGGGCUAAGAAACGACAGCAUCACAGCUCAGGCACCAGGAGUUUUUCGAGAGCUACCGAGCGAGACAUCAGUCGAUCCUGCAGCCUUUCUUCUGAGAAACCAUUGGAUGUCAAAGAAAAGUAUGCCUUCGGAGACGCCGACACUGGUCUUCAAUGUCUUGGACCAAGGGGAACUGGACCACGAGGCCAAGCCAGUGGGGCAGUCACAGCAAGCUCUUACGAUUGCACCAGAGGUGGUACAUCUGUCCCGCUUUGCAGAAUCGUACGUCUUGUAUCCCAGCGAAUCCUUUCCUACUAGGAAGGCUUUGUGUGUGGAGAAUGGAGAAAUUGCAAUGAGUUUGAAUUGUGGCCCACUUGCGCACAUGUGGCGAUUACUGGCGUCUAUGCUAGAGAGCGCCCUCCUGGAUGGCCUACCAGAGAAAGGCUCGGAACCGGGUAACAUUAUGCAAUUCGUUCUUCUGCCAACAAUCAAGGGAAUUCUUGAGGAGCGGGCGGACGCUGGUGAUGUGCAGAGCUGUGUGGCCUUGUGUGAAGUUUUGGAUGUGUUGACGCCGGAUCAGACCACCCGUGUUCCCGGUCUCGAGCUAAAUCUUGUUCGAGAAUGGUAUCUCUCGUACAUAGAUCUGUUGCGAGACAUGUGCCUCUUCUCACAUGCUUCACUACUUAUUCGGAGCUGCAAAGACCCCUUCAUUGGAGCUUUGAACCAGCAAUCCACAAUAAUCUACGAAUCAUGUCCAAGCUGCGGUAAGCCAUUGCAGUCGUCCGAAAGUGGAGGUGCAAGCACAUUGGACGGCACUGUUCGACGUGCUUGUAAGAGCUGCCGACGUCGAAUCGGUCACGGCGGUCAUAUGGAACAUGCGCUUCAAUGGUUUGGUGGUCUCAGUGGAAAGCCUGUUCGCGAAAUGUGUCCCACUGGCUGCGGUCACAAAUGUAACAUGAUGCAACCGCUCAGCGCCUUUCCAAGAACGGAAUCACUUCGUGAUCUAGCACAAAGCGACCAUAUGGAGAUCAUCCCAUAGCUCAUGCUUCCGCAAAUAAAAACGUUUUUUCAUCGUUGAGUGGAAAAGCGUAGGCAUUCUUAGAAUAAUGUCGAAUACCUUAUGCUUCAGAGUGUUUAAAACUUG